UGACGUCCAUAGCAACAAAGCGCCAUGUUUUUGCAAGUCUUGGGCGAAAUGGGCACCGUUUCUGGAUCAUUGUUUAAAAUCUCUAACGGUCAAUUUAUAUCGAAUAUGGAAAACAAUCUAUUUUAAUUUCAAUAAUGAAAUCUGGAGCAUUUUCAGAGUGUUGAAAACUUGUUUUUGAUCCAUCUGUUCAUUUCUUCGGUGUGUGAGCCUCUGCAUCCAUGGAGAUGAUGGAGACCGUGGAGGUGUAUGAGGAGUCAGACGUGAGGAUAGGGGAGGAGGUGGAGAGCUGCUACACCCUCAUGGAGGUCACUUCUCCCAAGAGGAAAAAGAGAAACAAGACUCAGGAAGACAGCACUGAGAAACAGAAGAAACCCAGGUCAGCCUACCUGCUGUACUACUUUGACGUGCACCAGUCCAUGCAGCAGGAAUAUCCCAGCAUGCCGCAGUCUGAGAUCAACAAGCGUAUCAGUGAGAGCUGGAGGAGGCUGACCGUGGCUGACAAGGCCUUCUACCUGGAGAAGGCCAAGCAGGAGAGGGAAGGGGCCGACACUACAUCCCCGAUGCCCUCUCAGGACCUGUCUGGCUUCCGUAAGAUCCUCCCCAGGGCCAACUACGUUCUACUCCCCAGGAGUUACCCCUCCCAGGUGGGUCUGGAGCCCCAGGAGUGUCCAGGGGGGGACGGGGGCCUGGCUCUGGGCGGCAGGGUGGAGCUGGUGGGGCAGUGUGUCCAGAGUCUGAGGGGCGAGGAUGCCACCGUGACCCUACAGGGGGGCCUACCAUCCUCCUCUCCAUCAGCCCCCAUGCCAAACUACGAGCCCCAGAAUUCAACGGGAGCUGGAUUACUGCUCAUGGGGGAGGAGCCGAAGUUGCUGGGCGGGGAUUACAGCACGGUUGGCAUAGCGACAGAGGACGUAGUACAGCAGGUGAAAGGAGAGGCUGCUCACCUGGUCACUCUCCUACCUGGGCAGAGUCUGCUGGAGCCCACGGCGUUGCCAGGAGCCAGCACUGUAGGCGCGGUUGUCAUGGUUCCUGUCGCCGCCAGUGGGAUGGGGGUGGACCCCAAACCCUCCUUUAAGAUGGCAGUGAAGACGUACACCAGGAGAGGGAGGGGCAGGUGCCAGACUGUGGGCUGCCCCUACGUCUACGUGACCCGCCACAAGCCGCUCUCCUGCCCCAACUGUGGGAGAGACCUGGGGGGCAAGUGGAUGCCCUCUGCCAAAAAGAUGCAGGGUAAGAAACCAUCUUGCCCAGCCAAGCCUUCCUCCCCACUGCCCCAGGGCAGUGCCCAGGGUCAGGCUCCAGACCCCAGCCACACCAAAACCCCCGGCCGCAAGAGAGAGAGCUUGGGGUGCAGGCAGAACCGGAGGGCGGAGGAGCGUGCAGUUACAGCAGGACAGCCACCAGAGGGCAGCAACACAGACGCUCACACACAGACUGCCUUGACUCCCAGCAGAGUGACAGCCAAGGGUAAAGGCCAGGAGAGAAGCACUGCGAUUGGUCAGAAGCGCCCUAUGCGGCCCAUCCUCCCAGCCUAUUGCAACACAGGACAAGCUUUGCUCCAGUGCAUAACUGUUCCCUCUGACAAAGGCAAAACCGGGACAGCCAGUAACAGCGGAACAACCACAGCUCUGAGUGACAAGAUGUCUGCUCUAAAACCCAACACUCUGAAACAGCUGGGCCAAGCUGUCCCUGUGUCCGCCACCCUGGAGCAGAGCUCUGCUAGUCCACCAGAGGGCAGCCAGUACAUUCUGACUGACAAUGGGGUUAAGAGGAUGUCCGUGGUGCCUCUGUCACACCCCUCCACCCCCAGCCUGGAUCUGGGCCUGUCGACAGCGCGAGGCCGUGGUCGAUGUAAGAACCCCUCCUGUGACUACGUGUAUAAGAACAGACACAAGCCGGCGGAGUGUCCCUGCUGUGGCUGGGAGCUGUCCAGGAAGACCAGCAAGAGCACCAAGUGUGGGGUCCUGCUGGACCCGUACGUGGCCCUGAGCGCGGCGCAGCGGGAGCUCCAGCGCCAGUCCACCCUGCAGCUGCUGCGGCGGGACCUGCAGAUCCCCGAGAGCGAGGCCGAGCUGCGCGACACGCUGGGCCUCAUCCAGGAGCUCAACAGCCCCCAGGAGGAGCUGAGCGAGGCCGGGGCCGGCCCGCAGCAGGACCCGGAGGCCGGGGCGGCGGCCCAGCACGGCUGGCCUCGCUUCUACGAGUCGGCGGCGACACACUGCGGCCUCUGUCACUACCCCCUCUUCAAGGGAGGACAGAGUUCUGUGGCAGGCCAGGAGGACUGCUGGCUCCUGACUGAGUCUCUGAUCCAGACAGCCUCCCUGCAGCUGAAGGUCUGCCUGAACACACAGUGCCUGGCCUUGCACAGCUUCACUCACCUCCACCCAGGUCUUUUCAACAUUGGGAACAGACUGCUGGUGAGUCUGGACCUGUUCCUGAAGAUCCGGACUCACGUCAGACUGGGUCAGAACCCCUCCCAGGCCGUCACAACCAUCUUCAACCAAAUCCAGAACCACCCUGUCCAUGGCUUGACCUCAGAGGAGUCCCUGCAUGUGCACGAGCUGCUGGUCAGUGGCUACUGGGCGUUCGAGUGCCUCACGGUGAGAGACUACAACGACAUGAUCUGUGGCGUGUGCGGCGUCGCCCCCAAGGUGGAGAUCUCCCAGCGGUACACCAGCAACGUGCUGGAGCUCAAACACGUGGAGUUCACGUGGCCCGAGUUUGGCUCCCCGGACGAGGUGCGCGUGGACGACUUCUGGCUGACCAUGGAGAGAGAGGCGUUGGAGCAGGCCGCCUUCCCCUCCGACGUGCCCAUCACCCGGGUGGACGCCUCCAUCAUCGCCCCCUUCCUCCCCCCCCUCUUCAGGAGCUCGUCGGUCAUCAACACAGAGAAGGACAAGCUCCUGUCCCCCGCCCACGAGCCUGCCGGAGACCCGUCGGCCCUGGUCCGUCUGAUCCACGAGGGUCACCUGAGACCGGAACACCUGGAUGAGCACAGCGAGGAGGAGCUCAGAGCCAUCCUGGAGCACUGUGGAGAGAGCGCAGAGCCUCACUGCACCCAGGAUGAGUUGUUGGUGUCUUUGAUCUCCCUGUACACGCGUGUUCAAAGUGGCCUCCCCACCUCCCCCCAUCCCCCCCCUCACCUCACCGCUGGCAAGCUGUCCAAGGUCUGCCCCCACCAGGUGGUGUGUGGUUCCAAGUUCCUGGUCCGGGGAGAGACGGCUCGUGACCACGUGGACCUGCUGCUGUCCUCCAGGUUCUGGCCGCCUGUGUACGCUACCGACGCGGCGCAGCAGGUGGCGCUGUGCACUGACAUGCAGUACCCAGAGCUGGCCUUCAGGAUGUGGGGCUGGAACCAGGGCUGCUUCUCCGACCCCACAGACAAGCCUCAGUUUGUGUCGUGUGCUGAGCUGCAGGACCAGCCCUACAGCGCCGACCAGCCCUGCGUGGACGAGAGCGUCCAGGUCCACCCAGCAACCAGGUCGGCCGGCCGCUGGCUGGUGCACCCCACGGGGGCCGGGCGGGGCCAGGAGCGCUACGCCAUGGGGCUCUGCAGGGAACUGGAGCCCCACUCAGGCCUGGUGGCCGACCUCUUCAGAGAGGGGGAGGAGGGGGAGGGGACGGGGGAGGGGGGGGUCGAGUGGAGCACGGACCAGGAGGGGGGGGAGGAGAGGAAGCCCGUCGAGCCCGUCGCCUUGGGGACGGGGUCGGAGGGGGGGGAGGGCUCCGUGAGCUGGGUGAGGAGCCGGCCCCAGGUGUUCCACAACGCGGCGUACUACUACCUGUUCAACCGUUUGACGGACUUCCUGAGCAGCAGGGAGAUCGUGGCCCAGCAGAUCGGACAGGUGCUGCGGGCCUGUCAGCCCGGGCAGGUGGUGAUCCGGGACGCCCUCUACAGGCUGGGGGUGGCGCAGAUCAACACGGAGGGGGUGGAGGAGGGGGAG